AUGUUGUACGCCUGGCCAAGCAUCUGCAGAAAAAAGAAGGUAAAAUGUGAUGGAACUCGGCCGGUCUGUGUCCCCUGCAGGACCUUUGAAUUUCCCUGCAAGUACGAGGACACCGUGCGACGCAAGAAGCCAAAUCGCGAAGAGCAUAUUAUUGAGCUGGAAAAGCGCAUCCGAUCUCUACAGGAAGAGCUGGAUGAUGUGCACACGUCUAAAAGAAGACGGCUCCCCAGUGCCGAGGAAUCGGCCGCGGAACACGGUCAGCCUUUGGAAGUAUCGGAGUCAGAGUUACCGUCUCCAGGGGAUGACACCAUUCGGGCUUCCUUCGAGGCCGAGGCCGAGGCCAAUCGAGGUGACGGUGAUGGAGGGUCAUAUACACUGAAAACCCCGAAGGGCGCAAUGCGCUUUUUUGGGGCAUCCUCUCAGUUCUCAAUUGCUUCUCCUGAGGGGGCAAGUUGGCUGGAAAGCAAGACGGGGAACAAUGUGUGGCGUCAUGUCGCCCAGAGGAACGGUAGCCGAUGGAGGCUGGCCGACUGGUACCCUCGAGUUCUCAAAGAUGACUACCAAGCCAAAUGUUCCUAUCCACUACCAUCGAAGAGUGUCAUACUACAGCUAGUGAGGGAAUACUUUGCUACGUUCAACAAGGCCCUGCCUCUCUUUGACCCCGAAAGUUUCAUGGGGAAAGUGGAUCGGCAUUUCUCAUGGAAUCCCAGCGAAAGCCCCUCGUGGUGGGCUGCACUCAACAUUGUGCUCGCUCUGGGAUAUAGGCAAAGAGCAGAGAAUGCAGGUUCUGAUGGCGAUGACUGGCAACAGUGCCUGGGUCACGUCAAGAACGCAAUGAAUGUUCUCACGGAGCUGUACAUGCGGACCUCAGAUCUUCUUGCAGUCCAGGCUCUGCUUGGCUUGGCUCUCUUCUUUCAAGGCACGCCGAACCCGCAACCUCUUUUCAUGUUCUCUGCUUCGGCCAUUCGUUUGGCGCAGUCAAUUGGGUUGCACAAGUCCAGCUCCUUUGGUCUCCCCGUCUCACAGAUCGAGGAACGGCGGCGGGUAUUCUGGAUUGCAUUCAUAUUGGAUGCUGACAUCUGUCAGCGUACCGGUCGACCUGCGGCUCAGGAUACUCGUGAUUUCAGUACUCCUCUUCCUCGGGAGAAUCCACCUGAUGGGCUUGGCGUGAUGGAAAUCGAAAACACCAAGUUCAAUUUUCUCUCGGCUUUGGCUCGAUUUUCGCUUAUUCAACGACGCGUCUGCGAUGAUCUGUAUAGCACCGAUGCUUUUCGAAAAACGGAGCAACAGCUGAUGAUAGACGUGAGGUCCUGCCUCAGGGAGAUUGAAGCAUGGAAGCAAAGUAUUCCACUGGUACUUCGACCACAGAGAAACUUUUCUAUCCACCAGCAUGUCUUCCUUCCCCACGUACUCCGGCUCCAUUUCGUAUACCAUUGUUGUUACGUCAAUAUCCACCGAGUGUGUCUACUUCCUCGACGCUGGCCAGCCCGCCCAGAAAGUGAGACUACCACCCCACCGGGGCUGUUCUUGGAUCGGGAAAGUUCCAUGCAGCAAUCUUCAGAAGCAGCAAGGGCUGCGAUCAAUUUGAUAAGCCAAGUGCGGGAUGACUUUGGGCAAUCUUUUGAAUGGGGCAUGGUCUACUUUCCAGGAGCUGCGUCAGUAGCACUUUUUUCAAAGAUCCUCAUGGAUCCACUACGACCCGAUUCGCAAACGGAUGUCGACCUGCUUCACCGGGUUGUGACUUUCCUGUCAAAGGUUGCAUCUCAAGAGCAGGACACAUAUCUGGAUUAUGUCUUGGCAUUGUGCUCUGAUUUUGAAAUCGCUGCCAGAAAGGAAAUACUACGAGCAAAGACAUCAGGUCCAGAUCCUACGGUCAUCACUCAGUCGGAUCUCAUUCACUCUCAUAGACACACGUCCCAGAGUGACUAUCCUCAAUCCAACUACAGAGCUGACUUUGAUUUUCCGCAGCCGGCUCACAUUGGUGCCACCCAGACUGCAUAUUGGAAUAUGCCCGCUCCGGAGCAGACACCGAAUGCUUCAGGCCAGCCCUCCUUGCCUGGUUACCUCUCUUGGAAUUGGCAGGAUAUGAUAGCUGGUAUUCCUCCGGCAUAUGAUUUUGGUGGAUAUGAAUUUGGCCCACCUCUGGAAGAUCUAUGA